AUCAUCCAAAGACAACGACUCUCGAAAUCAGGUGAAGCGAGAAUGAAAGUUAAUCUUUUGAUCGCACUGCCUCUACUGAUCUUCCUAGUUCAGGGUUACUACAGUCAACUCCAAGGAAAAUCAGGAAAAGAAAACGUAUAUGACAUUGACAGCGAACAACGAACAGGUGGUACAGUUGGAAAAGUACCCGUGACGAUAAAAGGUGAACAGCAGUUAACCUCUUCUGGCCCUUCUCCGGGAUCAGGUAGUACAGUUGGAAGAAAACACGGAAUGGUUCGAAGAGAACAACAGGUAACCUCUUCUGGCCCUUCUAGUUCAACAGAAUCAGGUGGUACAGUUGGAAAAGAACCCGUGACGAUAAAAAGUGAACAGCAGUUAACCUCUUCUGGCCCUUCUCCGGGAUCAGGUGGUACAGUUGAAAGAAAACACGGGAUGGUUCGAAGAGAACAGCAGGUUACCUCUUCUGGCCCUUCUAGUUCAACAGAAUCAGGUGGUACAGUUGGAAAAAAACCCGUGACGAUAAAAGGUGAACAGCAGUUAACCUCUUCUGGCCCUUCUCCGGGAUCAGGUAGUACAGCUGAAAGAAAACACGGAAUGGUUCGAAGAGAACAGCAGGUAACCUCUUCUGGCCCUUCUAGUUCAACAGAAUCAGGUAAGAAGUGGUGAGCGUUAUAAUCUACUGAACAUAAAUACUUGCAACAAUUAGAUCUC